GGAAGGGAAGGGAAGGGAGAGGAGGCAAGGCGAAGAGAGGGAAAGGCCGGGCUCCCGCGGGCGGCUGGACUGACCUGCAAAGGAGCUUCUCCUCCUCCUCUUCCUGGCUUGCUAGUCACGUGGUGACCUCCCGAAGUCGUCUCUCGCGCGCCAUCCCGGCCGCAGAGCGUCGCGUGACUUCCCACCCCCUCCUUUCCUACUGCGCUUCGUCUCCUUCCCGGCCGUUGCCCGGCAACCGCCGUACGCUACUUGCGGCCCUGAAGCGGCGGCGGCGCCUGGACCCUGGCGUGCUGCUCCCCCUUGGCCCGCCACGGAGAUGCCGGACUCAGCGGAGGCUGCUUGCCCGAUGAUACGAUUUGGGAGGCGCAGAGGGCAGAGAGUGGAGUCCACGCAAAAAAAUUACUUUGAUGAAGAUGAAGUUGAGGAGGGAAUAUUUCUCCCAGUGGGAGUAGAUCUUCACCAGAUAACCAUACUGUCUAAGGCAGAAUGGGAAAGGAUUCAAGACAACCUCAAUGCUCCAGCAAGAGAAGCAGCACGAAUUCGUGCCGAAAGAAAAGAAAGGAAGGAUUUGCACUUGAAGUCUCAAGCCCUUGUGAAAAACUGGACCAACACUAUUGCAGGUUUGUCCCAGGCGAAACUGAAAGCCCAAAAAGAGUAUAAAGAGAAGAUUGAGGAAGAAAGAAGAAAAAUUGACCUGGAAGAAGCAAAGUACCAGGCACAGAAGCGAAAAGAAGCCAUUGAAAAAGCCAAAAUUGAUCAGUACUAUCAAAGUGACAGAGUGAAAGGAUUCCAUAAUGCCCUCUUACUUACUGAAGUCUUAAAAGAAAGGGAAGCUCAGAUUAAAUUUCAGAAGAUAAAACAAAACUUGUACCAGAGUAAAGAUGAAGAAAUAGAAUGUGAACGUCAAAAGGCUAUACUAAAAGAGGAGGAAAAAGUUAAAGAAAGUCAUAGAAAGCGAAUGCAGCUUUGCAAGGAUCAACUGGAACAGAUAAAGGAGCAUGAACAUUUAGCAGAGCUGAGCAGACUAGAAGACAUAAAAGAAGGAGAAGAGAUUCAGGCACUGACCAGGUUAUAUCACCAUGAACAGCAGGAGAAAGAGCAGAAGAAGCUAGAGGAGAAACUGGAGCGUAAAAAAGCACAUCAAGCUCAUGUUGCUGACCAAGUUAUUCUAAAAGCUAUAGAAAAGCAAAAACAAGAAGAAGAAGAUGAUAAAAUUCGAGCACAUUUUCAUGCAAAGCAAGCUGUGGCAAAGCUGAGAAAACAAAGAGAACAAGAAAUGCUCAGAGAAAUAGAGGAAACCAGAGAAAAUAUUGCUAAUCGCCUCCUGGCACGGAUGAAAAUGAAGACUGACGAUGAAGACGAGCGUAUUGCUAGGAAAGUCAAAGAGAUGGAAGAGGAGCGUGAGAGAGAACUCGCAGAAAAAGAAGAAAAGAUCAAAGCUGAUUUGAAAUCAAUCAAAGAACACAGAAUUGGUGUGAUAAAAACGAAAGAAGAAAAAGAAAAACAGGAGAAAGAAGAAGCGAAAGAGAUGCUUCGUAAACUGAUAGAAGCCGAUCGAGUCUACCAGGAAUUAGAGAAAGACAAGAAACAUAGAAAUCAUUGUGCGAACUUAAAACUGCAAGAAAGCCAUGUCAUGCAAAUUGCUGAAAAAAUCGCAAGACAAGAGCACGAGAAGCAAGAGGAUGCAUUCUAUGUGAAACAGAGAGAACAGAUUGCGCUGUAUAAAGAGCAGGAAUUCCAGGAGUAUGCAAAGAAAGUAAUUGAUGAAGAAUCAAAAACAGCCCGGAAUCUUUACCCUCUUCUGAAAGUUGUACAGGAAGGUGCUAGUGGUAGUUAUAGAGGAAGGGAAGGAAUAAGUCCUGGCAGUCAGAAUGCUCAGCCACUUUAUGCUGGUAACACAGCUCAAGAAAUUAAGCUUCUAAAUGGACAAGAAUAUGAGGCUACUAAGGGACGGCUAGGUUUUACAUGGUAAUAAAAAAAAAUCCUUAAGGAUCUCAGUUUAAAAGGGCCUGUGUUGCAAAACACGUAGUAUAGAAAUUGCAGAUUUAAAAUUCAGAGCGUGAAUAAAAUUUGAAACUCUCGAAAUACAUUUUUAUAAUCUUUAUAUAGUCAAUUGUACUAGUUCAGAGACCUACCACGUUCGAUAAAUAAUGUGUAGUAUUUACAAAAUGGUUAAAAAAACCUUUGCUGUAUUUGUGUAUAAAGUUUGAAAAACAAAAGUGCAAUUCUGUUCAUGUUCCAAAAAAAAGCAAUAUCUGCAUUUAAUUUUUACUACAUUACUUGCUUGUACUACAAGUGAACAGAAAUUACCUGUAUUCAGAGAAUAAAAUAUCUCGCUGUC